AUGGAAAAGAAGAAAUUUUCUGGACUUGAAGUCACACUGAUCACUCUUUUCCUUUUGGCAGCGGUCGUAGCAAGUAUUUUGAUAGGCCUUCUAGCAACUGGUCAUUCUGGUUUUAAAGAUUUUUCACCCACAUGUCCAAAUGUACAAUCACAUGAGAAAAUAAAUUGCCUUCCAGACCAAGUGGCAACUCAGGCUGCAUGUGCACUCCGCGGCUGUUGCUGGAGCCCUCAGAAUGAGUCAUCCAUACCUUGGUGCUACUUUUCUAGCAACCACGGAUACAGAACUGCAGGGAGCACAAAAGACACAAACACAGGAUUUGAAGUUAAACUAAAAAGAAAUGCUGCCCCAUCCUUGUUUGGAGGUGAUAUUUCAGAAGUUCUCCUCACUGCGGAAUAUCAGACAACAAACCGUUUCCGGUUUAAGAUUACAGAUCCUGCUAAAAAAAGAUUUGAAGUCCCACAUGAACAUGUGAAACCCUUUGAGGGACAAAAAGCAACCAAUCCAAACUACAGGGUUGAAGUAAUUAAUAAUCCUUUUGCCAUCCAGGUGAUCCGGAAUAGCAAUAACAAAGUCCUUUUUGACACCUCUAUUGGACCACUUGUGUAUGCUGACCAGUUCUUGCAGCUCUCCAUCCGAGUACCCAGCUGGAAUGUAUACGGUGUUGGAGAACAUGUCCAUAAACAAUACCGACAUGAUUUUAAUUGGAAAACUUGGCCCAUUUUUACUCGGGAUGCCUUUCCUAAUGGAGACAUGAGCAAUUUAUAUGGUGCUCACACUUUCUUCUUGUGCCUGGAAGACAACACCGGACAUUCUUUUGGUGUAUUCUUGAUGAACAGCAAUGCCAUGGAAUUUGCUCUCCAGCCAGCUCCAGCUGUUACAUACAGAACAAUUGGUGGAAUUUUAGAUUUCUAUAUUUUCUUGGGAAACACACCAGAGCAAGUUGUCCAAGAAUAUCUAUCGUUCAUAGGACUUCCAUGGAUGCCUUCCUAUUGGAGUCUUGGGUUCCAUAUCUGCCGUUGGGAUUACAAGGAUCUUAAUGAUGUGAAAGCAGUUGUAGAAAGAAAUCGAGCAGCUGGAAUACCUUAUGAUGUUCAGUACACUGACAUUGACUACAUGGAAGAUGCCAAAGAUUUUACUUAUGAUGAAAUAAACUUUGCAGGCCUCCCAGAAUUUGCUCAAGAUCUUCAUGCCCAUGGACAGAAAUAUGCAAUAAUAUUGGAUCCCGCCAUUUCUACUGGGAAUCGUCGCAAUAAUACCCCUUAUGAAGCCUAUAUAAAUGGUGAACGGAUGAAAGUGUGGGUAAAUGCAUCAAAUGGAAUAGACCCUCUUAUUGGAGAGGUCUGGCCAGGAACAGCAGUCUUCCCUGAUUAUUCAAAUCCUGAUGCUAUUACAUGGUGGACUAAUGAGAGCAAAACAUUACACAACACCCUUGACUUUGAUGGACUGUGGAUUGAUAUGAAUGAAGUAUCCAAUUUUGUUAAAGGAUCCCGAACGGGCUGUGAAGAAAACAAUUUAAAUUAUCCACCUUAUACUCCAAAGAUUAUUGAUGGAGUCAUGUAUUCAAAGACACUUUGCAUGGAUGCAGUGCAGAAGGCGGGAAAACAGUACGAUGUCCACAGCCUCUAUGGAUAUUUUAUGACCAUCGCUACUGAUCAAGCUCUCCAAACUGUUUUCCCUGGGCAAAGAAGCUUCAUGCUGUCUCGUUCUACUUUUGCUGGAUCUGGAAAGUUCUCCGGACAUUGGCUGGGGGAUAAUGCUGCCACCUGGAAUGAUAUUAAGUGGUCCCUCCCAGGAAUGCUGGAAUUUGGUCUCUUUGGAUACCCUUUUAUUGGAGCAGAUAUUUGUGGGUUUUUUGAUAAUGUCUCAGAAGAACUCUGCCGACGGUGGCUGCAAGUUGGAGCAUUUUAUCCGUUUUCUAGGAAUCACAAUAGUGAAAUAAAUGAACCUAAAGAUCCUGCAUCUUUUGGACAGAACUCUCGUUUGGUGAACUCAACCAAACACUAUCUAAACAUCCGCUACACUUUGUUACCAUACCUCUAUACCCUUUUUUACAAAGCACAUACCCAAGGAAGCACAGUAGCAAGACCUGUUCUACAUGAGUUCUACUCGGAUGAAGCCACCUGGGCUAUCGACAGACAGUUCUUAUGGGGCCCUGGACUUCUUAUUACUCCAGUCCUGGAUGCAGGUGUGGAUACAGUGACUGCAUAUAUGCCUGAUGCUGUAUGGUAUGAGUAUGAGACAGGUUCAAAGGCAGUUUGUAGAAAACAAGAAUGUCAGAUGCAUCUCCCAGCAGACAAAAUAGGACUUCAUCUCAGAGGAGGCUACAUCUUUCCAACUCAGCAACCAGCCAACACAACAGUUUACAGCCGCCAAAAUCCCAUGGGAUUGAUAAUUGCCUUAGAUGGCAAUCAGUCAGCAGUUGGAGACUUAUUUUGGGAUGAUGGCGUAACCAGAGGUACAGUGGAAAAUCAAGCUUACAUCUUAUAUCAGUUCAGCGUCUCCAAUAAUGUCUUAACGAUGACUGUGGUACACAGUGGCUACACAGAUCCCAAUAAUUUACAAUUUGAGGAAAUUAAAAUCCUUGGCUUGCCCCUUCAGCCGACAGAGCUGAAAGUGACGUCAAACAAUGUGGCUCAGACAUAUCCUGUAAAUGUCAAUUACAGUGUUUCAGAUAAGGUUGCCCAUAUAACAGGACUUCAGCUUAAAUUGGGAGAGUCACACACAAUUUCUUGGGCCCAGGUCUUGACAAAUAGUGACAAAUUUGAUUGCCAUCCUGAUCCAGAUGCAACACUUGAAAGCUGUCAAGCUCUUGGCUGCUUGUGGAAUGACUUGGUUCCCGAAGGAGUACCAUUCUGUUACUACCCAGACAAUUAUGAUAGAGACGUUUAUACUGUUCAACAAGUUCAAUACACAUCUUCUGGUUUAACGGCAGACCUUGGGAUAAAUAUGAAAUCCAUUAAAAGUCCCAGGCUGACAGUAACGCCCAUUGGCACACUGAGGUUGGAAGUGAUAUAUCAUGAGAACCACAUGUUUCAGUUUAAGAUUUAUGAUUACAGUAAUAAAAGAUAUGAAGUUCCAGUACCACUGAACCUCUCUAGCACUCCUGCAAGUACUCUUGAAAAUCGUCUCUAUGAUGUAUCGGUACAAAACUACCCCUUUGGCAUCCAAGUUCGACGCAGGAGCUCUGGGACAGUUAUUUGGGAUUCCCAAUUGCCUGGCUUCACCUUCAGUGACAUGUUCAUCCAGAUUUCCACUCGCUUACCCUCACAGUAUGUGUAUGGGUUUGGUGAAACGGAGCAUCAACAGUACCAGCAUGAAAUGGACUGGGUCACUUGGCCAAUGUUUGCCAGGGAUCAAUCUCCUGGAUACAAAUUCAAUAUGUAUGGAGUUCACCCCUUUUACAUGGGCCUGGAAAAUGAUGGCAAUGCUCAUGGAGUUCUCUUACUAAACAGUAAUGGAAUGGAUGUGAAAUUUCAGCCAACUCCAGCUUUGACUUACCGUACUCUUGGAGGAAUUUUGGACUUUUAUGUGGUUUUGGGCCCAACUCCUGAGCAAGUGGUUCAGGAGUACACUGCACUCAUUGGACGUCCAGUCAUGCCUCCAUAUUGGGGUUUGGGAUUCCAGUUAUGCCGCUAUGGAUAUGAAAAUGAUACAGAAAUUUCCGAUCUGUAUGACCAAAUGAAGGCAGCUAAUAUCCCUUAUGAUGUACAAUAUGCUGAUAUUGACUACAUGGAACGGCAGUUAGAUUUCACACUCAGUUCCAAAUUUGCUAACCUUCCAACUGUGGUUAACAGACUAAAAGCAGAUGGCAUGAGAUUUGUCAUCAUCCUGGAUCCAGCCAUUUCAGGAAAUGAAACUAACUAUCCGCCAUUCACACGAGGUGUUCAGGAUGAUGUCUUCAUCAAAUGGCCCAAUGGCAGUUCUAUUGUGUGGGGAAAGGUGUGGCCAUAUCUACCUGGUGUCGUGGUGGAUCCUUCAGCAGGCUGGGAUGAAAAAGUAGAGAAAUACAGCGCUUGGGCUGCCUUCCCUGAUUUCUUCCGUAAUUCUACAGCUGAGUGGUGGAAGAGAGAAAUUCAGGAGUAUCACACAAACCCUGUUACUCCAGCAAAAAGCAUUAAAUUUGAUGGACUUUGGAUUGAUAUGAACGAACCAGCAAAUUUUGUCAAUGGUGCAAUUACUGGCUGUGGAGACUCAGAACUUAAUCGCCCUCCAUACUUGCCAGCCAUUUUGGGAAAUGAUAUUGGACUGAGUAGCAAAACCUUGUGCAUGCAAAGUCAACAGCAUUUGCCUGAUGGUAGCCCACUUCGGCACUAUGAUGUCCACAACCUCUAUGGUUGGUCACAAACUAAGCCCACCUAUGACGCACUACACAGUGUCACCGGAGAACGUGGUAUCGUCAUUUCUCGUUCCACUUACCCUUCAAGUGGCAGAUGGGCAGGGCACUGGUUGGGUGACAACUACUCAAGAUGGGAUCAGCUUUACAAAUCUAUAAUUGGCAUGAUGGAAUUUAGCCUCUUCGGAAUGUCCUAUACUGGUGCAGAUAUCUGUGGCUUCAAUGAAGAAACAACCUACCAAAUGUGUGCUCGCUGGACACAGCUGGGUGCCUUUUACCCGUAUUCUAGGAAUCACAAUGGCUUAGGAUCUAAGAGGCAAGAUCCAGUAUCCUUUGAUGAUCAUUUUAAAGAAAUAGCAAGGAAUGUGCUCAAUACCAGAUAUACUUUACUCCCAUAUCUCUACACAUUGAUGUAUGAAGCUCAUGCUCAUGGUAGCACGGUUGUGCGCCCUUUACUCCAUGAGUUUACUGAUGAUAAGACGACAUGGGAUAUAUAUGAACAGUUUCUGUGGGGACCUGCAUUGCUCAUAAGCCCAGUUCUGCAUGAAAAUGCUACAAUAGUGGAAGCUUAUUUUCCUGAUGCUCCCUGGUAUAAUUAUUACACGGAUAAAGUUGAGAAAGUGCGGGGACAGUUCCAAAACAUAUCUACUCCCCUUGAAGACAUAAAUCUGCAUCUCAGAGGUGGCUACAUCAUUCCAUGGCAACUGCCUGGUUUAAACACUGAGGCCAGCCGAAAGAAGAUGAUGGGUCUUACAGUUGCUUUAGAUGAUAACGAGUCUGCUCAGGGGCUCCUUUAUUGGGAUGAUGGUACAACAAUUGAUGCAUAUGAGAAAGGUCUUUACCUCCUGCACACAUUUAAAGCCAGUCCGGGUGUCUUGGACAUCAGUGUCACCCACCGUGGAUAUACUGACCCAAACAACUUAAAAAUUGGUGAAAUUAAAAUCCUAGGACUAGUAGGCGGCUCCAUUUUCUCCGUUACAGUACUUCAAAAUGGUGUGCCAAUUUCGUCCAACUAUAACACAACCUAUAAUUCUUCGUCUCAGGCUUUACACCUUACAAACCUUGAGCUUGCAUUGGGGCAAGAAUAUACAGUGCGAUGGAAUCAAGAGACAGAAAAGUUUGACUGUUAUCCAUAUCCUGAACCGACCCAAGUCACUUGUGAAAAUCGUGGUUGCAUCUGGCAGGUUGUUUCUACUCCUGGAAUUCCACACUGUUUUUAUCCUCGUAACUAUGGUUAUUCUGUCAGUAACAUUCAAAACAGUAAUGUGGGCUUGUCAGCUGACCUUCAGAGGAAUACUGAGUUUCCGAACCCCUAUGGAACUAGGUCACCACCAGUGGACCAGCUUCGCUUGGAAGUGAAGUACCAUUACAAUGACAUGUUGCAAUUUAAGAUAUAUGAUCCCAACUCCAAAAGAUAUGAAGUUCCAGUUCCACUCUUCACCCCAGAUGUUCCUGAAAGUUCAGAGGCUAAUCGGCUCUAUCAGGUGGAAAUUGUGGACAAUCCAUUUGGCAUAAGGAUCCACCGAAAAAGCACAGGAACGGUUAUAUGGGAUUCUCAGGUCCCAGGCUUCACCUUCAGUGACAUGUUCAUUCAGAUUGCUACUCGCCUGCCAUCACAAUACAUAUAUGGAUUUGGAGAAAAUGAACACACUCAUUUCCGGAGAGAUAUGAACUGGGAGAGCUGGGGAAUGUUCACUAAAGAUCAGCCUCCUGGUUACAAACUGAAUUCCUAUGGCUUCCAUCCCUUCUACAUGGGACUGGAAAAUGAUGGAAGUGCUCAUGGAGUCCUUUUGCUGACCAGCAACGCUAUGGACGUCACCUUCCAACCAACACCUGCUCUGACAUAUCGCACAAUUGGAGGAAUUCUGGACUUCUACAUGGUUUUGGGGCCUACUCCAGAAGAAGUGGUUCAAGGAUACACUAGACUAAUUGGACGACCAGUUAUGCCCCCUUAUUGGGCUUUGGGAUUCCAGCUUUGCCGCUAUGGAUACAAAAAUACUUCUGAAGUUGACGAUCUGUAUACAGCGAUGAGGGCAGCUCGGAUACCAUAUGAUGUACAGUAUACAGACAUUGAUUACAUGGAACGGAAGCUGGACUUCACUCUUGGCCAAAACUUCCGUGAUCUUCCUGCUUUUGUUGAUCGAAUAAAAUCAGAGGGUUCAAGAUUCAUCAUCAUCUUGGACCCAGCUAUAUCAGGCAAUGAAACUGAGCCAUAUCCUACAUUCACAAAAGGUGUGCAGAACAAUGUCUUCAUCACAUGGCCCAACACCACAGACAUUGCAUGGGCAAAGGUAUGGCCGGAUUAUCCCAACGUAACAGUUGAUGAAAAUGCAAGUUUAGAAGUACAGCUUGAGCUCUACCGGGCAUAUGUUGCCUUUCCUGAUUUCUUCCGCAAUGCAACAUCAGCGUGGUGGCAAGAGGAAAUAAGGAAUUAUCAUGCCAAUUAUGUGAAAUUUGAUGGCCUAUGGACUGACAUGAAUGAACCAUCCAACUUUAUUGAUGGAGCUGUUGAUGGCUGCAGAAACCGAGAAUUAAAUUAUCCUCCAUAUCUGCCAGCUUUGGUAUUAAGAGAUAGAGGACUAAGCCUUGUGACAAUAUGCAUGGAAAGUGAACAGCAACUUCCUGAUGGGACACCCGUAAGACACUAUGAUGUGCAUAACCUGUAUGGAUGGUCACAAGCAGAACCCACUUACUAUGGUAUGCACAAUGCCACAGGAGAACGUGGGAUCAUUAUUACCCGUUCCACAUACCCAUCCAGUGGACGAUGGGCAGGACAUUGGCUUGGUGAUAACUAUGCAAGAUGGGACCAGCUUGACAAAUCCAUUAUUGGUAUUAUGGAGUUCAGCCUCUUUGGAAUCUCGUAUUGUGGUGCUGACAUCUGUGGCUUCUUCAAUGACACAACCUAUGAACUGUGCGCCCGAUGGAUGGAGCUUGGGGCAUUCUACACCUUCGCUAGAAAUCAUAAUGUGAUGGGCACUAGGAGGCAAGAUCCUGUCUCCUUUAACUCAACCUUUGAAGACAUAUCAAGGAAUGCGCUCAACAUACGAUACAGAUUGUUGCCCUAUCUGUACACGCUGAUGCAUAACGCUCACUUAUAUGGCAGUACAGUUGCACGUCCUUUGUUACAUGAGUUUGUCAAUGAUAGGGUGACAUGGGAUAUCUACAGACAAUUUUUAUGGGGCCCAGCACUGAUGAUCAGUCCGGUUCUUGAUGAAGGUGCUGUGACAGUGAAUGCUUACAUACCGGAUGCACGGUGGUACGACUAUCAUACGGGAAAAGACAUUGGAGUGCGAAAACAGUUCCAAGUGUUGGAUGCGCCACUGGAACAUAUAAACCUUCAUGUUCGGGGUGGCUACAUCAUCCCCUGGCAAGUGCCUGGUAUUACAACCAAUGCCAGCCGUGCAAAUCCCAUGGGCCUCACUGUUGCUUUGGAUGAUUACGGGUUUGCCACAGGAGAACUUUAUUGGGAUGAUGGAAUCAGUAUUGAUUCAUUUGAAAACAGUUACUACUUCCUUGCAGAAUAUCAAGUGUCUAAUAAUACAUUGAGGGUCUCUGUGCUGCACAACAACUAUUUAACUGAUUCAAUUGAUUUAAGAAUUGGUUAUUUGCAUGUCUGGGGAGUGUCAGCUUCAGUUACAAACGUUAUUGUGACACAUGAUGGAACAGAAGAAGAUUUCUUGUUUCGGUAUGAUCCAGAAAGCCAGAUUCUAGAAGUUGAUUUCACUGGCAAUGUUUACCUCAUUUAUCAGCUAGACCAAGUAAAAUGGGUGACAACCUCUUAACCAUCCAUGAAAAAAACAAGCAAGAUGACAAUUGCUUCGUCACAAAUGAAUGUAUUGCGGAUUUGAACUAUGUUUUGUUCAGCUAUAAUUGCAACAUACAAAUGAAGAAAUUGAUAUGACAUCACUGCAGAUAAUAUUUGUCAUAAAACAUUUUCAUUUUCCUGUAAAGGAAGCCAUACUUAUUCACUUGUACAUGACCAGUGUAGAAUGCUGUGGUGGCCACUGAAGACAGAAAGGAGAAUGGGUGUUUAUUUCAUUGAAGCACAGAAAAGUAUUAUGAUUUUGUAAAAUAGCCAAUAGAAAGUGCCAAAAAAAACCCUCAUUAUGGUAGGGUAAUCUAUGUGAAAUCAGAUUUGAUGGGGGGGGCGAGGGUGGUUUUUCAUAGGACUUAAAAUGUCAUUGUAACAGCUAAGUGCCUAACAUGAUAGACUAUGCAAUUGUUUUUUAUGAUGAUGAUGAUCAGUGUGAGAAUGUGUCACAAGACACAACAAAGCUCUGAUAUUUUUUGUAAUUUAUACUAAUGAGAAAAUAAAA